AAGUGAAAAGCAGCUUUUCUGCUCACAAAAUAGUUUCCUGCUUUUAGACGGGUGUUUUUGUUUGUUGUUGCGUGUUUGGACGUCUGUGCAUGUGUGUUGCUUGCAUAUUUGUGCGCGAGUGUGUUCCUUUAGUGUGUUUUUACGCGUGUGCUUGUACUGCGUGUUUUUGUGUAUUAAUAGUCACGAACGUGUCUACGCGCGCGCGUCUGGGUUGGUCCAGCAUCCUGAUGACGUACACGACCCCUGCAGCGUGCACAGUCCAGUGGUGCUGAACGGUAUUUGGACGCACGCACGGAGCGGCGCCGUCAUUCCAGCUGGAGAAGGCGAAGGAGGAGUCCACCGGAAUCCCGAUUCAGAACCCCGAACCUCGCCGAGACAUGCGGCGCGAGUGGCUGGCGGGCUCUGCCUCGGUGUGCCACGGACGCGGGCCGCGUCCCGUGACGUGACGCGACGCGACGCAACUUGAGGCGAGGUGACGUGGGGCGAGGCAGCCCAAAUAAGUUGACUACUCGCGUCCAAGUUUGGGAGAUGGCUCCCCGUGCGCAUCCCCGCCUUUCCACCCUGCUGGUCUUGACGCUCAUCCUGGCUUGGGCCUCGUGCCAGCACUACCUCCUGCUACGGCCGGUUCCCAGCGACCACCUUCCGCUCGUGGAGCUCAAGGAAGACCCGGACCCUUCGCUGGACCCCCGCGACAAUGACCUGAACGAGACGGAGCUGCGAGACGCCCUGGGCGGACACUUUGACGCGCACUUCAUGUCCGUGCACCCCCCGCCGGAGCGGGACGAGGACGUGGACAGGCACCGGGGCCGGGAGGAGGAGGACGAGGACGCGGACUCGGACCCCCUUGCGCGCCUCCUCCUCCCGACCGGCCCCAUGUCCAAGGACUUCCGCCUCCUGGACUCGGAGGCGCAGCAGGGCAAGAAGCCCAAGGCGAGCAAGAAGCUCCGUCGGCGGCUGCAGAUGUGGCUGUGGGCGUACGCCGCGUGCCCGGUGCUGCACGCGUGGAGCGACCUGGGCGUCCGCUUCUGGCCGCGCUACGUCAAGUCGGGCCGCUGCUUCAGCAAGCGCUCGUGCUCCGUCCCCGAGGGCAUGCGCUGCGUCCCCGCCAAAGCCAGGCGCUUGACGCUGCUCCGCUGGCGCUGCGUGCGGAAGAAGGCGGCCCUCAAGUGCGCCUGGAUCCCGGUCCAAUACCCCGUCGUGUCCGAGUGCAAAUGCUCGUGCGCCAAAUGACGGACGGACGAAGGACUGACUUGCUUUGCCGACCUGGCGCAUAGCAGAACAAUCUCAGCGCACGCACGCCUCCCCAACAGAAAAGUGCAAAUGCACGCGUUGAAGUCGUUCCGUGACCACGCUCAAAACGUUCCGCUAUGAAAUGCCAUCCAUACAGACCAGCCUCCCCAAAAGUCGUUUUUCAUAAUGAAGGAAAACAGCACGAAAUUUGUACCUACAAUAACGUCCAGUAAGGACACAAUUAAA